GAAUGAGCCAAUCGCGAGGCAGACAGCGCUCGGGAUGAGUGCCUGUUUCAAUGCAAUGAUCCACUCGACCGGCUGCUUAACGAGGGAAGCUUAGCGAGGGGAACUCCCCAGUGGAUCAGCUGUGGAGUGCAUCAUUCUUAUCAGAACCGCGGUAGUAGCUGGCGACUGGUAGCCGGUGUAUUCGAGAAACGGGCCACCACCUGAGAGUGUCACGUCGAAUUGUUGACCCGGACUUCCUUCCGAUUGGAUCGGCACCGAGAUCCACAGAGCCGGCUAUACCUUUCUGCUUAGCCCCCCCCCCCCUCCUCGGCCUGGCGCAAGCAAGUGGAGAAGAAGAAUCAAACCCUGUUGCUGUUUUCUUCCUAGGUUGUUAGGAAGCUAUCAUUCGCGUUGCUUUCGUUGACGGGAAAAUUGGGUUUCCGCAUUGCUUUUGAUUUUAAUUCAUAGACUAUGUAGUAACAUGACUGAAGACUGAAGAUUAGCUAACCGCCUUAAAAACACUUCAAGUCCGAUCCAUCCAGUUACAAUCCGUGGGAGGCGUUGCUUUCGGUUACUGAUGCGAUGGGACGUGGUAGCUAGCUUGCUAUAGAGCAGCGCCUGGGAUUUGAAUCGGAUUUAUAAUGAAUGCGACAUUGUCUGUCGUAUCCUUGUCAGAAGAGCUAGGUUACCUGGCCAGCUAACUGAAACUACCCGCAAACGUAGAGAGACGCGCGGAAGGGGCUUCGUGGAUAACGCGUAGUUGGCUAGUUAAUAAGCAAAGCUAAUUAUGUGGACGUUGAAAACGUGAAAAGGCUAGCUAUCGUAGGCUAAACACAAGAUGGUUUGUGAUGUAACAGCGUUAGAAUGAAUUGUGACUGGGUAGUUAAGUUGACGAUUAAAAUAAAUUUACAAUUUUUAUCAGUAUUUUUACGGGACUAGCAUUCGAAUGUGCAUUUUAGGUAGUAUCGGACAUUUUUCGUUACUUUGAUAUUUUUUUGUUUACCUAAACACGCGCCCUUUGGGUUGAUGGAUUAAUCCCGCUUUCUGGAUAUAAAUGAAAAUAUUGAAACAGGAAUCGGAUCCUACAAUGCCAACGGAAUUAUUGGCCGGUGUUUCUCAUUUAAUUGCACUGUAGUGUGGAUUUUAGGUUCUCCGCAAUUGUUGGAUUUUCCUGGAUUUCCCCGCUUUCCUGGGCUCCGUUGGCUCAUCACCUCCUCCCCUCCCCCUUUCGCCGCUCGAUGCCGAAUAUCUGAGCAACUCGUGUAUCUUUUCCCCCUGAGAUGCUGAAGUGUAUCCCGCUGUGGCGCUGUAACCGCCACGUCGAGUCGGUGGACAAGCGACAUUGCUCUCUCCAAGCGGUACCCAAUGAGAUAUACCGCUAUAGUCGGAGCCUGGAGGAGCUGCUCCUUGAUGCCAACCAACUUCGUGACCUGCCCAAGCCUUUCUUCCGGCUGCUGAACCUGCGUAAGCUGGGCCUGAGCGACAAUGAGAUCCAGAAGCUUCCUCCCGAGGUGGCCAACUUCAUGCAGCUGGUGGAGCUGGACAUCUCCCGGAACGACAUUCCUGAGAUCCCCGAGAGCAUCAAGUUCUGCAAGGCGCUGGAAAUCGCGGACUUCAGCGGAAACCCCCUCUCCAGAUUGCCUGAUGGUUUCACACAGCUCAGAGCUCUGGCCCACUUGUCUCUGAAUGAGGUAUCUCUGCAGUCAUUGCCGAACGACAUUGGCAACUUGGCCAACCUGGUGACCCUGGAGCUUCGGGACAACCUGCUGAAAUCGCUGCCCACGUCCCUGUCGUUCCUGGUCAAGCUGGAGCAGUUGGACCUGGGCAAUAAUGAAUUGGAGGUUCUGCCGGACACCAUGGGGGCUCUCCCCAACCUGAGGGAGCUGUGGCUGGACCGAAACAACCUCUCCUCCCUGCCCCCGGAGCUGGGGAACCUGCGCAAGCUGGUGUGUUUGGACGUGUCGAAGAAUCGUCUGGAGAAGCUGCCUGCUGAGAUCAGCGGCCUGCUGGCCCUGACUGACCUGCUGCUCUCCCACAACCAGCUGGAGCUGCUCCCCGACAGCAUCGGUUCCCUGAAGCAGCUGUCCAUCCUGAAGGUGGACCAGAACCGGCUCACCCACCUGACGGACUCCGUGGGCGAGUGCGAGAACCUGACGGAGCUGAUACUCACGGAGAACCUGCUGCAGAGUCUUCCUCGCUCCAUGGGGAAGCUGAAGAGGCUGAGCAACCUGAACGCUGACCGCAACCGCCUGUACGGCGUCCCGGCGGAGCUGGGCGGCUGCGUGGGCAUGAGCGUGCUGUCUCUGCGCGACAACCGGCUGGCCAGGCUGCCCGCCCAGCUGGGCGACGCCACCGGGCUGCACGUGCUGGACGUGGCGGGCAACAAGCUCCAGAACCUCCCGUUCUCUCUGACGAACCUGAACCUGAAGGCGCUGUGGCUGGCGGAGAACCAGUCCCAGCCCAUGCUCAAGUUCCAGACGGAGGACGACGCCCAGACGGGCGACAAGGUGCUGACCUGCUACCUGCUGCCCCAGCAGCCCUCCUCCAGCCUCGAGAACCUUCUGGAGAACAGUCUGGACGACGGGCCGACGGACGGCAACCUGAACCGCGUGCCCGUCAUCCACUUCCAGGACGGCGUCAAGGACGACGAGGACGACGACGAGGCGGCCGAGGAGCGCAGGCAGGGUUUGCUGCGCCGGGCGACGCCCCACCCCAGCGAACUGAAAGUGAUGAAGAAGGUGAUGGAGGAGAAGAGGAACGAGUACACACCCCGCGCUGAUGAAGAGCACCGCCUCGACAAUGAGGACAAGCGCCUAAGCAGUCUAUCAAAUCAGAGCAACGAAUCGCACGCCUCGAACAGCACCGCCUCCGCUGGGUCCCACGAGGAGAGGCGGGACCUCAUAACCACAUGGGCGGAGCCGGCCAAUGGGCAGAACCACGCCGGGGAUGGGGAGGAGCUAGACGAGAUGGAAGUGGAAUACAUAGAGCCCACGGUGCACUUUGCAGAGGAGCCCAUCAUCCGCCGGCGUGCGGAAAACGGGGGGGGGGAGGAGGAGGACGGCGAGGGCAGCGACGAAGAUCGGCCGCCGGCGUGCCCGCCCGAGAAGCAGCGGCUGUUCCGCAAGGACACGCCCCACUACAAGAAGCACUUCAAGAUCAGCAAGCUGCCCAAGCCCGAGGCGGUGGCCGCCCUGCUGCAGGGCUUCACCCCCGAGGCCCAGCCCCCGCCCCGCCCCCCCGCCGAGGAGGAGGAGCAGGAGGAGGAGGAGGAGGAGGAAGAGGAGGAGGAGGAGGAGGAAGGCCCACAGCGCCCCAGGAGGGAGGAGACCCAUCUGGAGGACAGCGCCCUGGCCGACCGCCUCAACGCCUCCCUGCAGCCUUUGAAGGGGGUGUCAUUUGAUCAAGUCAAUAAUCUGCUGAUUGAGCCUGCUCGUAUUGAGGCGGAAGAGCACACGCUGACUAUCCUCCGGCAGACGGGGGGCCUGGGUAUCAGUAUCGCGGGGGGCAAAGGCUCCACCCCUUACAAGGGGGAUGAUGAGGUCAACGGGGUGGACCUGCACGAGGCGGAGCACCAGCAGGCGGUGGAGGCGCUGCGCACCUCGGGCGCAGCCGUCUCCAUGACGGUGCUGCGGGAGCGCAUGGUGGAGCCGGAGAACGCCGUCACCACCACGCCGCUGCGGCCCGAGGACGACUACUUCCCCCGCGAGCGCCGCAGCGGCCUGCCCUUCUGCACCGACCCCCCCUCCCCCGACGGGGCGCACCGCCGCCUCUCCGCCUGCCUGGCCCGCAACGACAAGGGCCUGGGCUUCAGCAUCGCCGGGGGCAAGGGCUCCACCCCCUACCGCACCGGCGACACCGGCAUUUACAUCUCCCGCAUCGCCGAGGGAGGGGCUGCUCACCGUGACAACACGCUGCACGUGGGGGACAGGGUCAUCUCUAUCAAUGGCGUGGACAUGACAGAGGCCAGGCAUGACCAGGCAGUAGCGCUGCUUACCGGCACGUCCCCCACCAUCACCCUGCUGGUGGAGCGCGAGCUAGCCGCCGCCGCCGCCGGCGCCUCCUCCCCCGCGCCCGGGGGCUCCCCGGCCAGCGGCCGCGCCCGCCCCCACUCCCCCCCGCCCCCCGAGCCCGCCGACCUCGCCGACGACCCAGACCUCCCCGACGACGGCCCGGACCGCGCCAACCACCUCGCCCGCACCCUGGAGGACGAGUACCCCAUCGAGGAAGUGACUCUGGUGAAGGCGGGCGGUCCGCUGGGGCUGAGCAUUGUGGGAGGCAGCGACCAUGCCAGCCACCCGUUCGGUGUCAGCGAGCCAGGGGUGUUCAUCUCCAAGGUGAUCCCACACGGCCUGGCGUGCCGGAGCGGGCUGCGCGUGGGAGACCGCAUCCUGGAGGUGAGCGGCAUCGACCUGCGGCACGCCACGCACCAGGAGGCCGUCCACGCCCUGCUGUCCAACCGGCAGGAGAUCCACCUGCUGGUGCGCCGGGACCCCGCCCCACCCGGCAUGCAGGUAAUCGAGAUCCUCAAACAGCCGGGUGAAAAGCUGGGCAUCAGCAUCCGGGGAGGUGCCAAGGGCCACGCGGGCAACCCCUUCGAUGCCACGGACGAGGGCAUCUUCGUCUCGAAGGUGAGCUCCAGCGGGGCGGCGGCACGGGAUGGCCGGCUGCAGGUGGGCAUGCGCAUCCUGGAGGUGAACAACCAGAGCCUGCUGGGCAUGACGCACUCGGAGGCCGUGGGGGUGCUGCGCAGCGUGGGCGACACGCUGGACGUGCUGGUGUGCGACGGCUUCGACCCCAGCACCGCCCCACCAGUGGAGACCUCCCCCGGGAUCAUCGCCAACCCGUUCACCACGGGCAUCGUGCGCAAGAGCAGCCAGGAGAGCAUCUCGUCCAUCGACCGGGACCUCAGCCCCGAGGACGCCGACGCGGAGCAGCCGGAAGUGGAGAGACAGCGAGGGCCCACCCAGUGGGAGAGAGAAGAGGAGAAGAAAGUGAACUUUGGUGUGGAGCCCCUCAAACUGGACUACAGGACACUGGCCGCUCUGCCCACCACCAGCCUGCAGAAGGUCAAUCGGACUUCUUCCUCUGAGCACCAGGGGGUGGGCAGCCCCUGCCGAGAUGCCCCGUCCUCGCCCCGAGAUGCCCCCUACUCGCCCCGAGAUGCCCCGUUCUCACCGAUCGCACAGCCGAAGGCCCCUCGCCCCAGCCCCCUCCAGUCUCCCGUGUGUACCGGGAGGGAGACGCGUUUCGCGAACAUUAAUCUGGUCUCCAAUGCGUCUCCUAAGGAGAACUCGCUGACUCGGCCGGGUGUGAUCCAGCCCCUCUCCCGCGUGUGGCAGAGCUCCACGUCGCCCAGUCCCGAGGGCCGGGGCAGCCCCAACCCCUUCCACCGCAGCCCCUCCCCCGCCAGCUCGCAGGCCUCUCCUUUCACCCCCUCCCCUCUCACGCCCGACGAGUUUCCCACCAAUAGCAAGCAGGCGUACAAGGCCUUUGCCGCCGUCCCCCACUCAUUGGCUGUGCUGGAGCCCCGUCAGGAAAACUCCGGCCAAAAGAACAACAUUCACCCCAGGCAUAUGUCACCAGAGCUGGACGAGGUGUUUGAGGAGAAGGGGCGGGGCAGUGGGAGCGGAGGGAAGGACAAGCCCCCCAUCUCCCCCCGGCCCCUCUUCUCCCCCUCCUCCCCCGCCUCCCCCCUACCUCCCAUCUCCCCCCGACCUCCCAUCUCCCCCUCCUCCCCCCCUCCCCCCUACCUCCCAUCUCCCCCCGACCUCCCAUCUCCCCCUCCUCCCCCCGACCUCCCAUCUCCCCCCGACCCCUCGUCUCCCCCGGCCUCCCAUCUCCCCCUCUCCCCCGCCCCCCCAGCCCCCGCCCCCCCGACCCCUCGUCUCCCCCGGCCUCCCAUCUCCCCCAUCUCCCCCUCCUCCCCCCGCUCCCCCCUCUCUCCCUUCUCCUCCGACCGCAAGGAGUACAUGAACAUGGCGGCAGUGCCUCGCCUCUCCCGGCCCUCCCUGGAGCUGCAGUACGUAGCUGGUGCAGAGACCUCUCUGUGGCUCUUGCAGCUGGACGAGGUGUUUGAGGAGAAGGGGCGGGGCAGUGGGAGCAGAGGGAAGGACAAGCCCCCCGUCUCCCCCCGACCCCUCGUCUCCCCCCGGCCUCCCAUCUCCCCCUCCUCCCCCGCCUCCCCCCGCUCCCCCCUCUCCCCCCUCUCUCCCCUCACGUCCGACCGCAAGGAGUACAUGAACAUGGCGGCAGUGCCUCGCCUCUCCCGGCCCUCCCUGGAGCCUCAGACUCCGCCCAGCAGGGGGCUCAGCAGCCCCGAGCAACGCUCCUUCAGGGACCGGCAGAAGUAUUUCGAGAUCGACGUCAAGCACCAGACGCCCGACAGCAAACCCAAGCCCCGCGUGUCCCUGGUGGGAGAGGACGAUCUGAAGAAGAUGAAGGAGGAGGAAGCGAGGAAGAUUGACCAGUGCGCCCGGGACUACCUCCUGGACGACGAAGACGAGGAUGACGAGGAGGAGACCUUCAUCUCGCCCAAGCAGAUGGCCGAGAUGAAGGCUCGGGGGAAGGUGGUGCUGGACGGGGUGGAGUACAAGGUGGAGAGCGUGGCCAGUCCCCAAUCUGCCACGCCCCCUGGCUGCCCGACCACACCCCUCGGCUCAGGGUCUGUGUUCGCGGACGGGAAGGCGGAGUCUCAGCGGAACUCUCUGGAGGACGGCUACAGACCGGAGCAGAGGCCAAACUCCAUGUCCGGGCUGAGCCCUGUGUACCCCGGGGACUCGGGCGCCCCGAUCCGGACGGCGAAGGCAGAGCGGCGGCAGCAGGAGCGGCUGCGCAUGCAGAGCCCCGAGCUGGGGCUGAGCGUCGCCCCCGACAGGGAGCUGUCCCCCGCAGAGAGGCGCGCCCUGGAGGCCGAGAAGAGGGCCAUGUGGAGGGCAGCGCGUAUGAAGUCACUGGAACAGGAUGCGCUCAAAGCCCAGAUGGUGAUCGCCAAGUCGCGCGACUCCAGGAAGCGCAGCACCCUGGACCAGCUGUCCGAGUCCCCAUCUCCGGCGGCCACGCCCUCUCCCACGCCCCUGGAAGACGCCAGCCCCAAGACUGUGACAUCACCGGGCAGAUUGUCCCUGUCAGAAAAGAAGUUUGACUACCGCCAGUUUGCAGCAAUUCCCUCUUCCAAACCUGUAUACGACAUCCAGUCGCCCGACCCUGCCGAGAACGCUCACCUGCCUGACGACAGCCCCAGCAACGCCGAUGCGGACGCUCCGGUGCCAGUGGCCCUGCCCUCCUCCUCUGCGCUGGAGGAGAUGUCUCUGUACAGCAGCAAGCGCAAGCUGAGACACGGCCGCCCCAGCCUGGAGACUGCUGUUCCUACAUAACUGCCCCACAUUAUACACACACACACACGCACACACACACACACUGGUGUUCCUACAUAACUGCCCCACAUUAUAUACACACACACACACACACACACACACACACACUCCCUCACACACACCCACGUAUGCACACAGACACACGCACACGCGCCUGCACAAAAGCGUUUUCGCAGACAGAUUGCAUGUAGAUACACACGGCAGCCAUUUCCCCUGUGAUGCGAGCACACACAGCUGCUGCCUCGCCUGCCAGAGCUGCCACCUCUGUAAGGGGCGUGGCCACUGGCCUGGGCGUGUGGUCCACCGGGGCAUUCGAAACACCUCUGCAAGCUGCUGACUGGCUGUGAUGAGGAGGGUGUGGUCAGGUGGGGCUGUGCUGUCGUCCCGUAAAACGCCUCCAGCCCCAUCCUGUGCUUUUAGAUUCAAAUGAUUUCUUUCUUUCAGUUUGCGUUUUAGAAGCUGAAUUAUUUUAUUAACUGGUGAGACAAAUUGUUUUUAAUUUCUGAUUCCUCCACGAUUUUGAGGUUUCUUGGUUCUUGUAUUUUUUUUUUUUUUUGUUUUUUUUUGCAUUGUUUUAAUAUCUAGUGUAAGAAAAAGAAAAACAGUAGUUGAUUGAUUAACUGUAAAUACGUUAGGAUGAUUAACUUUGGAGGUUUAGUGUUGAGGUGGUUGUAAGAUAGCAGGGUGGUGCAGAGGGUGUAAAUAUGCUGGGGGGGGCGCUCCUGACACCCGGCUCACUCGUACGGGGGGGGUCCCUCCGCUACCUUCACCCCCGCUGGGAAAGCAGCGCAAUUCGGACACUACGCCUCUCUGCUCAGCUGCUGACCCCGCCCCGCUUUCCAUUUUAAAUACUUUUAAAAGUUCCUUUUAUACUAAAUUAUUCGACUCGAUUCUUCUUCCCGCGUGAUUUCUCAGAAUGGAAAACGGAAAAAAAAACAGCAUUUGAAGUGCUUCAGAUCCAGACGUGUUUGGUUGAGCGUUCCAGUACAUAUCAGUUCGGUGGGGCCGAGAUCCACCUGGCUUGGCUGCUAUUCACGGCAAAGAGACUGUUUUCAGAGUGUUGACGGAGAUGUACAGAGGCCUUGGUGCAAAGCUUUAGAUUUAUAUAAAUCAUUUAGUGCACAAAUGAUAUAAUUCUAACACGCGGUGCUUGUUACAUUACAGAUGAAUGUAUUCUUGAUGAUGCAAAGAUCUAAAAAAAAAAACUGGGUGGUGAAAUUCCACAGUUCUUCGCAAUGCAUUGUGAUUGUAAAUGGCAGUGAGGCUGAUUGACUUCAUUGUGUUGAAGCCGGGAAUCAUGGGAUUGCUCCUCAGAUGUGAUUGCCAUCAGUCAAAAGAGGAAAUUGUUCGGUUUAGAAUGUAGAACGUUCUGGUGUGGUGCGCGUGACAGGUCAGGAACAGGCUUCCAGGGGUUGACAUAAGUGGUGUGCAAGCACGCACGCACGGCAAAAAGAUAAAAAUGUGCAGCGGCAAUUGUGUGCCCUAACGAAAAGCGUACCUAAUAAUAGAUAUGCACCUGCAAAUAGACACAAUAAAACAUUUUUUAUUGUUUUUUUUAUCUUUUUGCCAUGCAUGUGCAAUUGCAUACCACUUCUGUCACCUCCUAGAACACUUAAAGGUCCAUUUUUCUGAGUUUCCAUCUGUUCUUACAUUUAGUAAGUCUCCUACUUUAGUGGUUAGGUGCUCUGGGGUUUUUAUUUUUUACCAAACAUGUUCUGAGAAGUCAGGAUCCUUGUUUUGUAGGUAUGUACAGUGCUGAAUGUUAGUAUUUAUAGUGUUAAAUUGGAUAUAACAUAUCCAUUUGGGCUAAAUAAAUUUUAAAAAAUAAAUAGUUUAGAAAUUUAGAUUUUUUUUUCGACAGUCUUGGAUGGAAAUAUGAGGCUGUAUGUAGGCCCUCUGGAAGAAACCCCAGCUUCUCGCAUGAGGCUAAUUUCACCUGAACUUCGUAAAGAGUGGCUUUCAGGUGACCUUUAAGUUCCAGGGCUGUAGAUCGGUGGAAAAUGUAUGUGGGUCUUUUAAAACAUUCCAAAUAGAGCAUUUGAGACUAUGCCGGACGGUCUAAAGGACGAGCAUACAAACACCAACGGGAAUACGUGCGUAGAAGUGGAAGUAGACUGAGAACCGUGCAUCGACUGGGACAGAAAACGUCAGCCCCCUUUUUUGGAAAUGCAGCCUUUUUUUUAAAAAAAGAAUGUUUUCUUGAAUUUACAGAGAGGGGAAGGACUAGAUGGAUCUUCUUUGCUAUUCAUAUCAUACCUUACAGAGCUGGUGAAGGUAGCCGAUGUUUGCGUCUCCAUCUCCUUUAUUUAAUCCGAAGCCACUGAUGUGACUGUGUUGCGGUGUCAGUAAUGUACAGAUACAGCAGGAAAAAGGUAAAAAUUCCAAACUGAGCCUACUCGUGCUUGAGGCUGAACCAGCAUCCCGACUGGCAAAUUGACCAGGUGAAAGUCUAAACGGGGCGCUACCCAUAUGUACAUAACUGUGUGAACUUAUUUUUUGUUACUUUUUCAGACUUUCAAGAUUUUACGGUCCUCCCAAAUUAAUUUCUUUGUAUUAUUCUCAGUUCACUUCCUUCAGUCUGCUGUUCAAGAAAAAAAAAAUCAAUGGCGCAUUACUUAAUCGAAGCAACGAUGUGUUGCUGAAUUUAGUUUUUACUAAUUAUAGCUUUGUUUUGUACUGGCUAACUGAAAAAUCGGUCAUUUGUGAUUUAUUUUUAUUUUUUAUCUGAUCUUUUUGGGAUUUUCCAAGCAAAUGGGAUAUACUCCAUACACACUACACUUUCACACACAAAUGUUGUUUUAUAAUUUAAAUGAAUUUUUCUUAUGCUUUCUCUGAAUUUACUUGGGGGCUUUUGUUUUCCAAGAGGGUGGGGGGGGGGGGGGCAGGUGAAGGUCAGGGGUUAAAGCUCAUCCAAGACUGUAACUAGUGAAUUUGUACAACCAAAGAAGUCUAUUUUGUGGUUCAGGAAAUAAUAAAAGUUUACUUUUCAUUUAACAA